AUGGUGACAGACGACCGCACCUGCUACUACCCCUUAGGGACAGAGGCCCCAGAUAAUGUACCAUGCGGCUCCGAAGAAAACACCUCGUGCUGUCGCCCCGGAGAUAUCUGUCUAGACAAUGGCCUCUGUAUAAGUGUAGGGCAACAGCCAUACAGUUUAUGGCGAGGAGCAUGCACAAACAAAGAAUGGACCGGGUGCACACCGCAUUGCAGUAAGCUAAAUCUCCCCGAUAUCCCCUUCGAAGCAGCGACCGGUGACGAACCCCGACUAAUAAUGCAAUUAGAAUACUCGUCACCAGAAGGAGGCGCCCUCCUUAGUAUCAUCUACUCCUGGGGCUCAACCUCUCAAUACUGCUGCGGUGCACCAAAAGUGGUUGACUCUGAAGAUGGCGGCGCUGAAGUUGGCUGUUUCAAUGACUCUGAUAAUGGCGCCGAAACCUUUGAGCUCGAAAGUGCCAACGUCGUCUACGGACGUGCUCUCCUCUCAAACAUCUCGACCACAGCACCUACCGAGACCCAGGCACCGUCCGAGACCCAAUCAUCGUCCCCUACCGACAUAAGCAGCGGUUUAGGCGGCUCCCAGACGUGUCAUAACGCUGCUAUUGGUGCCGGUGUCGGCGUUCCGCUCGGCGUUUUAGCGCUACUCCUUUUGAUUUGGGCCAUGCUCGAGCGAAAAUGGAAGUCUGAACUUAGACAAAGUAUGUCUAACGUCGCAUCAACUAGUUCGGUAGCCGCAGGGACGUCUUUAGGCAAUACUUCUCCAGGCGCUAAUGAGGUUUCUGGAAUUUCAAGAAAACUGAACCAAGUGUCUGAGUUAGAGGAUGGUGGCCGUCCAGAACUUAGUGGUGAUACUCGAUACGGACAUUGA